UCAACAGAGAAAGUAUACAUUUGUUCAGAGUGCAAUCAUACAUUUCACCGAGCUCACAACUUGAAGUCUCAUCAAAUAACACAUUCAAAUUCAAAGCCAUUUCAGUGUACAGAUUGUGACAAACAGUUUUUAAGGUUACAUGAUUUAAAACGGCAUCAGAAAUUACAUACGGGAGAGAAACCGUACCAGUGUGCGACCUGCCUUCGAUCAUUUAGUAGACUUGAUGCAUUAAACAGACAC